AUGUCCGUGUCGUUGUCUGGCAAGUACACCAACUUUGGUGUCUUCAAGCUUUAUGGCGACAAAGCCCUGGAUCGUGUUCUCGACAUCUUUUUCCAGUUGAUGCUCGCCAUCCCGGUGGCAGACAUGAUUGCGUUCCCUAAGCUGGGCGCGUCGUUCUUUAGCGUGAUCGACGUGUUUGCGACGGACCAUAUGACUGGAAUGCCAAGCAUGCCGCAGCCAGUCCUGGAGUACAUUUUCAGGGCGGUAGGCGAGAGUGUCCCGUUGCUGGGCCAAGACUCUUCGUGCUCGACGAUGGCCUGCUCAGCGAUUGACAAAAUCUGCUCUUUUGUCCUCAACUGGCUCAUCAAGAACAAUACCCGCAUUUCGGACAGUGCUGACAGUGCGGACGAGAUGUUGGAAACCGAUGAAGUCGAGGAUCCAGUUCGCAUUGCACGAGACCGCCUCUUGUCGACUGGAAGCAUCAAUGGCGCCGCUGCUGCUGCUGCUGCUGCUGCUGCAAGUGCCGCAGCUGGCGGUAGAGGAAGCGUCGAUUUGUCAGGAGGAGCCAGCAGUCUCUUGUCGAAGCGACUUCGAGAGCAACAGCAGCAGGAAGGGGCACAUUGGUUGGUCGAGUACGUCUUGAGGAACAAGGAUGUCAUGAACUACCUCCUUGUUGUCCUUUUCAGCGUCGUUGUCUUUGAGAACCGGAAUAACCACUGGGCCCUGAGCCGACCUUUGCUUGGCCUGAUCCUGCUGAACAGAGACUUUUUUGCAGAGUACACCAGCCUGUUUGUCCAGGCACAGUUGCCAGAUCGACGAGAGCCUCUCCAGAAGCUUGUCCAUGGGCUCAUGGAGGGCAUCGAAACCAAUCUGUCGACGGCCAACAGGGAUCGCUUCACAACCAACACCAAUGCCUUCCGCCGCGAGUGCUCCCAAAUGACACUGAUGCCUGUCUCGCCAGACGAUUCCGGCAUCAUGUCCUAA